CUGUGGACGCCUGUCUCGAGGUGCAUGGUCGGGAGGGGACGCGGGCGCAGCGGCGCAGCGGCCGGGCGAGAGAUCAGCGAGUUUCUCCACCUCCGACCCGUUCCCCACCUUGGCCCUUCGCGCAACCGCUCUCUCGCGUCGACGACAACCUCGUUCCAGAUCUCCUUCCUUCCCUCCCUCUCUCUACACUCAGUGCUCGGCGCCCGACCCGAGCCACCACCCGCAAGCUUCCCCGCAUUACCACCACCCGCACAACUACUCGCACCGCUCCACGCACCACCAUGUCGAACGAGCAGAUCCCCAAGACCGCCAGGGCCGUCGUCUUUGACGAGUGCAACGGCGCCAUCAGGGUCGACAAGGACCACAAGGUCGCCCAGCCGAGCGAGCUCAAGGCCGGCGAGGCCCUCGUCAAGGUCGAGUUCACCGGUGUCUGCCACACGGACCUCCACGCCUGGAAGGGCGACUGGCCGAUCCCGCCCAAGUGCCCGCUCGUUGGCGGCCACGAAGGCGCAGGCCGCAUUGUCGCUAUCGGCGAGGGCUCCGACACCCAGUUCAAGGUCGGCUCCAAGGUCGGCAUCAAGUGGCUCGCGGACAGCUGCCUCAACUGCGAGGCCUGCCUCGGCGGCCAGGAGGCGACGUGCUCGAACGCCAAGCUCUCGGGCUACACCGUCGACGGCUCGUUCCAGCAAUACGCCGUGUCCUACCUCAAGCACCUGACGCCCAUCCCCGACGGCGUCGACAUGGAGGUCGCCGCCCCGAUCCUGUGCGCCGGCGUCACGGUCUGGAAGGCGAUCAAGCAGAGCAACACGCGCCCGGGCGACUUUGUCGUCAUCUCGGGCGCCGGCGGCGGACUCGGCCACCUCGCUGUGCAGUACGCGACCGCCAUGGGCCUGCGCGUCGUCGGCAUCGACACGGGCGACGACAAGCGCAAGCUCCUCGCGUCGUACGGCGCCGACACGUUCAUCGACUUCAAGGAGCACUCGGGCAAGGGCAAGCUCAUCGACGAGGUCAAGCGCGUCUGCGGCGGCGAGGGCCCGCACGCCGCCGUCAUCACGUCGGCCGGUGCUGCCGCCUACAACGAGGCGCUCGAGUACCUGCGCCCGCACGGCACCCUCGUCGCCGUCGGCCUCCCGCCGAACGCGACCAUCAACGCCGACGUCUUCUUCACAGUCUUCAAGGCUCUUCGCAUUGUCGGCUCGUACGUCGGAAAUCGCCAAGACGCGAUCGAGGCCCUGGACUUUGCCGUGCGCGGGAAGGUCAAGCCGCAGCUCGAGAUCCUCGACCUCGACGACAUCAACUCGGUCUACGAGCGCAUGGAGAAGGGCGGCGUCGCCGGCCGUAUCGUUCUCAAGUGCUGAGCGUCCCCGGGUUUCUCUCUCUUCCGUCUCCCUCUCGAUCUGUGUAGCGAUUUCUCGAAGGUUGAAGAAUGCAGUGCCAGCAGUGCCCCGUCUU